AUUUAUAUACUCCUCCCAAACUUACGCUCGUCUCUCUCUCUCUCUCUCUCUCUCUCCUUGUCCUAGUAAAUCUCUGUUCUUCGUCUGCAGCUUUCUCUCUCUAAAAUCGAUCAGAAUCAUGAUAUAUGUUGGCGGAGUUCCAUUUUCUGUUGACUCAGAAUCUUCGUCUCAGGAAAGUGAUAUGCUGUUUGCUUUGAUGGAGCAUCCAAUUCUGGUAUCUGCCUCAAGUUCACUCAAAGCUAUCCCGGAGUGGAAGUUCACAAUUUCUGAAGAAUCUGGUUCAGAGAGAUCAAGACAAAGCAAAUGUGUUUAUAUUUUCCAAGGAGAAUAUGCAACGGUUGACCCUGCACUUGUUGAUUUAGUUGGCACUGAUGAAGCAACAACCUGUGUGGGUCUCGCCAUUCGGAACCGCACAAGUGGAAUGACCUCUGUUGCCCACAUGGAUUCUCCAAACAUUGUUGAUGUUGGCAUCACCCAGAUGUUAACUUUAGUUGUCAAUCAAAAUUCUGAUGCUGAGUUGGAUGUACACCUAAUUGGUGGUUUCGAAGAUGCCUCACCUCAACGUGCCAGUGAUGGUACUAGGGCAGAAAGAAAGGCAAAAUUGGAAGGCUAUUCCUUUCCUUUGUGUGCAAAGAUAGUUGAAACUUUGCAAAAGAGCAGGGGAAAAUUUCACCUUCAAACCCUCCAUGUUCUUAGGCACAACACCAGAUGGGAUUCUAGAGGAAAUGCAUGCCCGAUUUUCCAUGGUUUUCUGGUAGAAACUUCUACAGGAUCAGUUAUCCCUGCUAGCUUUGAUAGAAUGUCAAGAUGUCCAGAUGAAAUAGUCAGAAGAACCCGAAUCACUGCAUGUUUUGAGGACUCCCAUUGGAAUGGCAGGUUACUAGAGACAUAUGAUACUCAGACUGACCGUUUCAUCAUUGCUCCAUGCUCUUGGACCAAGCGGCAAUUACAUUUUGCUUUGACUGUACAAGAACUGCCUGAUUCAGAAAUCCUCCUUUCACGCUCUACUUCACCCUUUGCCGAGGGCCCAGAUUUUGUGGAUACUGAAAGAAGGAAGUGUGAUUAUUUGAUUCGAUACCCAGACUGGAGACAUACGUUUCCAAUGAAGCAACCACGUGUUUUUGUGAGGACUGUUGAUGGGAUUUGGGUAAGGCAGUGAAUCGAAUUCUCUCCAGGUUAAAACUCUAUAUUGUCUGGUAUAUUUAUCCCAUUUGAGAAGUAACUCUCCCUCGUGUUGAUGGUAAUAUUGGAGCUAUAGGCUAAAUGCACACUUAUUUCUAAGUAACGCUCGCUUGUAUUUACAUAAUUUUGGGCUGAAUGCUCACUUCUAUCUCACUUUUCGUACAACACUACUUUGAUUCA